GGAAUUUAGAGUCGACAUUCGCUCACACGCUUAGACUCAGUGCGUAUCGCGUCGCGCUCCUCCUCUCACUCUCCAAAAUGACUGACGCUCCCGCAGCCGCCCCAGCUUCCCCGAAGAAGGCGAAGGCAAAGGCACCGAAGAAGCCUGCCUCCCAUCCCAAAUAUUCUGCCAUGAUUGCUGCUGCCAUCGCCGCCCUGAAGGAGCGUUCUGGCUCCUCCCGUCAGGCAAUCCUGAAGUACAUUGUCUCCAACUACAAAGUCGACGCUAAGGCCGCCGGCACCCAGCUGAAGCAGGCGCUGAAGAGGGGCGUCGCCGCGGGCGCCAUUAAGCAGGUGAAGGGCGCUGGUGCCUCUGGGUCGUUCAGGCUUGUCAAGGCAGAGGCUCCUGCCAAGCCUAAGAAGGCUAAGAAGGUCGCCAAGAAGCCCGCAUCUGCAGCUAAGAAGGUCGCAAAGAAGCCCGCCGCCAAGAAGGCCACAAAGAAGCCCGCCGCCAAGAAGGCAGUCAAGAAACCUGCAGCAGCUAAGAAGGCCGCCAAAAAGCCCGCAGUUAAGAAGGUCGCAAAGAAACCAGCCGCCAAGAAGCCCGCAGCUAAGAAGGCCGCCAAAAAGCCCGCAGCAAAGAAGCCUGCAGCCAAGAAGGCAAAGAAGUAGAUAUCUACGUUGACGGACCCAUUUGCUAGAUGUAUAUUUAAAAUUUCCAUAAAGUGAUAGAGAAAUAUUUAUUACUCCGUAGGAGUCUUUGUACAGUACAAUGUAAGAUUUAAGAGUUUUUAUCGUUUUAUAAGACAAAUGUACCUGACUGCGUGCGUUCUUGCGCUCGCCUUUUUCUCUAGAGGUCUCUUGUAUGUGAGAUGUAUCUUAAUAAAAUUGUUCAAUUUUUA